AUGGUGGAUUCAGAUUCCAGAAACUGCUUUCCAUGCCCCAGUGACAUGUGGCCAAAUGAAAAUAACACCAUGUGUAUCCCAAAGGUGAUUGAGUAUUUGUCCUAUUGGGAACCGCUAGGAAUAACUUUGACCUCAACUGCCAUCCUCUUCUCCUUCACUACCAUCAGCAUAUUAUGUAUUUUCAUCAAGUUCAAAGACACUGCCAUCGUCAAAGCCAACAACCGUAACCUCACCUACCUCCUUCUGGUCUCUCUGUCUUUGAGCUUCCUGUGCACGCACCUCUUUAUUGGGGAACCUCAAAGGUUCACCUGCCGCUUCCGCCAGGGAGCUUUCGGCGUCAUCUUUGUUUUUAGCAUUUCGUGUGUUUUGGCCAAGACCAUUAUGGUGAUCAUUGCCUUUCGAGCAACCAGGCCUGGAAGCAACAUGAGAAAAUGGCUUGGGUCAAAAGUUCCAGCCUCAACGGUUUCCAUCAGCACCUUCAUCCAGUUAUUGAUUUGUAUCUAUUGGAUGAUCCGGUGUCCUCCUUUCCCUGAGAAAAACAUGACGAUCAAAACUGGAGUCAUCAUCUUUCAAUGCAAUGAAUGUUCAGACACGUUGCUCUGGUGCAUGUUGGGUUACAUGGCGCUCCUUUCCUGCAUCAGUUUUCUGGUGGCGUUUCUGGCCAGAAAAUUACCAGACAGUUUUAAUGAGGCCAAGUGGAUCACCUUCUCUAUGUUGAUCUUUUUGAGUGUCUGGAUUACGUUUAUUCCUGCGUAUGUGAGCACUCAGGGCAAGUUCAUGGUGGCUGUUGAAGUGUUUGGGAUCUUGUCCUCCAGUGGAGGGAUUGUUGGUUGUAUCUUCUUCCCAAAAUGCUAUAUUAUACUGCUAAGGGCAGAGCUCAAUACCCGUCAGAACCUUCUCGGAAAAGGAAGAUAAAGUCCCGAAUCUCUUUGUAACCAAGAGGAUGGGCAGAGCUCAAUACCCGUCACAACCUUCUUGGAAAAGGAAGAUAAAGUCCUGAAUCUCUUUGAAACCAAGAGGACAUUAUAACUUUUAUGCAUUUUAUUGUAACCUAUAGCAAAUCUAAAUGGCAUUAGUUUUCUAAGGAACUACCGUAUAUACUCGAGUAUAAGCUGAGUUUUUCGGCACAUUUUAUUGUGCUGAAAA